GACGCGGGCCGGGGCAUGGAGCGGUGGGUCGGGGCCGCCGGGGGCUGGGGCUCCCUGUGGGGAGCCGGCUGGGGCCGCUGGCCGGGCUGGGAGCUCUUGGCCGCCUGCGCGGUCAUCGGCGCCGUGGGCUGGCUGCUGCGGCUGCUGGAGAGGAGGCCGGGCGGCCGCGGGGCGCCGGCGGCGGCCAUCUCCUCCCCGGCACCCCUCUCCUCCCCGGCGCCGCUCUCUGCGGGGAGCCGGCGCUGCAGCGGGAGCCGCCCAGGUGAAAUAACAAUGGAUGCGAUAUUAUCCCGAUUGAAGCAGCUCACCCCUGAUGAGCUUAGAGAAGAAAUUGUAAGAGCAGGGCUGAAAUGUGGGCCCAUUACCUCAACUACUAGGUUUAUUUUUGAAAAAAAAUUGGCUCAGGCAUUGUUGGAGCAGCAAGGAGCGUUGGAGGAAAAAGGAUCUGCUCUGUCAGAGGAGGCUGCUGGAAACGUCCCAUCUGGUAGCAGCCGGGCAGAAGCACAAAAGGCUUUGAAAACUACAGCAGUGAAUCACAACGGUCAUGGAAGUGUUUCUGAAGAGGUAGACUUUGGGUACUGUGUAGGUCUGAAUCCUCCAGAAGAAGAUGCAGUGAUGCACAUGAACUGUUCAGCUCCAGUCUGUGGAGCAGGAUGUGUUGAUUCACAAACUAGUACUCAGACACCGUCCAGAGAUCCUCCGCUAUUCUAUGGUGUUUGUCCAGUUUUUGAUGACAUAUUGGCAAGGAAUGAGAGAAUACAUGUUUAUGAAGAUAAAAAGGAAGCUCUCCAAGCCGUUAAGAUGAUUAAGGGUUCCCGGUUUAAAGCUUUCUCAAACAGAGAGGAUGCUGAGAAAUUUGCUAAAGGAAUCUGUGAUUAUUUCCCGUCUCCAAGCAAGUCCUCUUUAUGUUUGUCUCCAGUGAAAAUGGGAUCAUUUAACAGAGAUGGCUUAUGCUCCCCUGAGACUGAAACUGCUAAUAAGGAGAGAGCCAACAGUUAUAAAAGUCCACGUACUCAAGAUCUUACUGCUAAACUUCGGAAGGCUGUCGAGAAAGGAGAUAUAGCAACAUUUUCAGAACUUAUUUGGAGUAACCCUCGCUAUCUGAUUGGGUCGGGAGACAAUCCAACAGUUGUACAGGAAGGGUGUAGGUACAAUGUCAUGCAUGUUGCUGCCAAGGAGAAUCAACCUGGUAUCUGCCAGUUAUUACUGGACACGUUGGAAAAUCCUGAAUUUAUGCGGCUUAUGUAUCCAGAUGAUAAUGAUACAAUGUUGAAGAAUCGUAUCCAAUACAUUGUGGACCUUUACCUUAAUACGCCAGAUAAAAUGGGAUUUGAUACUCCAUUGCAUUUUGCCUGCAAGUUUGGGAAUUUGGAUGUUGUUAAUGUGCUUACCUCACACCCAGCUAUUGCAAAAAAUCCAAGAAACAAAUAUAAUCAAACUCCAGCAGAAGUAGUUUGUGAAAGAAGCAAGAACAAAUCUGCAGAAUUGAAAGAAAAACUAAGAGAGUACUUGAAAGGUCAAUACUAUGUACCACUCUUGAGAGCAGAAGACAAUUCCUCAGCUCCUGUGAUUGGUGCACCGUGGUCACUCGAUCAGACAGACGAUAGCCCCCAAAGAACCUUAUACAAAUACACGGGCAGCCCCAAAGAUCCAGUAUUGUCAAUAAGAGCUUUUGCGGGCCCCAUGAGCCCCUCAAAGGCUGAAGAAUUUCGCAGGCUUUGGAAGACUCCACCUCGAGAGAGAGCUGGCUUCUUUCACAAUGUCAGGAAAUCUGAUCUGGAGAGAGGUGUUGAAAGAGUUGGAAGGGAGUUAGCUCAUGAACUGGGGUUCCCGUGGGUUGAAUACUGGGAAUUUCUGGGCUGUUUUGUUGAUCUGUCUUCCCAGGAGGGGUUGCGAAAAUUGGAAGAGUACCUGAGUCAUCGGGAAAUGAGCGAAAAGGCUCAGCAAGAAACAGGGGAAAAUGAAACCUGCAAUAGAUACAAAACUCCACAUCCUUCUGGCAAGAGUAAAAAGUGCUGCAAUUCCAUUUCUGUUGGAGCAUUUUUGGAUGAGGAUGAUGAUGACAUGAGCUUAGAAGAAAUUAAAAACAGACAAAAUGCAGCACGGAAUAUCAGCCAACCUAUUGUGUCCAAAGAACCUAGCAUUGACGCUAUUGGAGACGCUGAGUGUGAUAUCUUGUCAAUGGAGCGUACAGUAAACAUUAUAGAAACAUCAGAUCACCCCAGGCACUAUGAAAAGGGGGUUUCUCCCAGUAAAAAUGGAUUUUGUAAUCCCGUGUCCAGUGAAAGGAUAAUUAGUGACAGAAAGCAUUUGCAUGAUGGAGAAGAAUGCCUUGUAUCACCCGUUGCCAAUUUAAUGUCAGAAUUUGAAAGCCUGUCAUUCCAAGAACAAGAGGUUGCAGGAGAGUCAAAUAAAAUCACUGAGAAAACUGAGAAUGAAAGAAUUCUGGCUGAAGGAACAAGCCAGGUGAGAAUAUCCAAGGACCAUCUGGGUAAGACCUGCUAUGCAGUUUCACUGGCAAGUUCUUCUGAGCCAAGUGUUACAGGUAAACCUGGAGAGACCAAGUCAAGGACAGAACACAAAAUACCAUCAGAAAAGGAGAGACUGUCCAUGGAAUCUGGAAUUCAGACUAACGAUGCACAACAACGUCAAGAUCUUUCUUCCCAGAAAUUUCUUUCGAAGGCUUCACCCACAAAUGGCAAUUCUAAGAAGUUAUUCCUGCUUGGGGAGCAGCCCUCGAAGCUGGAUAGUGAUGUCUUAGCAGCUAUAGAAGCAGUAGAGAUUGAUCCACAGAAAUACCCGAUUAUUUACAAAUGGAAACAUGCGGUGCAGUCGUACUCUUCAUCUGACAGGCAAAGUUGGCCAAGUCCAGCACUGAAGGCAAGAUUCAAGUCCCAAACCAUCGCUGCUGGCCUUCCAAAUGCUUCAGUGUGUUCUAAUUCAGGAAGAAACAGUCCCAUAACAGGAAGUCCAGGGAAAUACGGCAAUGCCGCCUCGUUCUCUCCAGACCCCGGGAGUCCUGGGCGCUACAGUCCAGCUUGGGUCAACCAUGCUCUGUUAAAACUGCGUUAUUUUUCAGAGCCUCCCACCCACUAAAAUAUGAUUCAUCUUCCUGGGACUUCAAUUAUAUUUUCAUUGUUAGAGUGGAGGAAAAACUACAAUGUUACUGAAGUGACAUAAGGUUUGUACUUGGGUAUUUAUUUUUCCUCAAUUGAGGACAACUGUAUGUUAAAAAAAAAAUUGAAUAUAUGUCUUUAUGCCAUAUAUGAGAUAGAUUACUGGUGAUAUGCCAGAAGUUAGUGACAGUCAGUGCAGUUGUCCAGUAGCUAUGAAUUAACCCUUGUUGCCAGUAAAGCAGUGAGCAGAACCUUUACUUAGAAAUGGUGGUGUUUUACGAUCACCAGUUGUCAUUAUUGUAAUGAACCCGUUUUAGCCCACAGCUGCAUUUCUUUGCCUGGGUAGUCUGGAGGAAGCACAUCUUCAGUAAACAGAAAUCUUACGAGAGGAAAUGGAAGGCAAGAAGUAAAAUGUUCUUCCACUUGCAGGGUGAAUGGCUAAAGUGAAAAGCCUAAAACAAAGCCCGGGUAAUGGCAGCUUUCCAGUACCGAGUGUGAAUGGGAAACCCUGUGCAUAAACAGAAAGUGUUUAUAGCCAGCAGUUUGCUCUAGACAGUUGAAUACACACACACACACUCUCUUACAUAUCUAUGUGUGUAUGUAUGCAUGUAUUUACACAGAAAAGCUUGAGUCUCUGCUUGUUCUGAGGCUGUUAAAAACACUGUGGUAUCCUGAGUGUUUUAGUAAAGGGGCACUAUAGAAAUUAGUGGUAUUUCUUUAAAUGUUAGUUUGAAGAUUAAAAAAAAACAUAAUAAAAAUCAGCUGUUUUUUUUCCCCACAGAAGCUUUUAACAUUAGCAGACUUUAAUAGCUAUUACACAAAAGCACAUCAGCAAUAAUUUCAGCAAAUUUACCAGCAAGAUACCUUAACGGUCUAGUUUGUAAUAUGUUAGAGUGGUAGCCAGUGACACAUGAUGUGGCUCCUUAUUUCCCAACUGUAAAAAGCGAGGAAUAAGGAGUAGAAAUAUUUUUAUUGAAAUCUAAGCUUUUACUAUGUCUCUAGUCUUGACGUGGUAAUGAGUUUUUUGUUAACAGCAGUCAGUAAUUUUAUUCUUUAGCCUUCUGUAAGAAUGACUUGUUUUGACAGUAUGAUGGUGAGAUUGAAGAAUGCUUUUCAAAACUCAAGGCCCUUUUCCGUAUCAAGCUUAAUGGUUGUAAUGUCACUUGAAAGAAGGCUUCUAGAAACAGAGUUCUCUAGUGGUGACAGCUCUCUAGUUAAAAAAAUCAGAAAAACCUAUCUAUUGUGGCAGGAUAAAGCUGUUCAGAAAAUAAUUAAAAUCUGCCAAGGCUGUGCUGGUGAAAAGGGAUGCUGCCACACAGUAAGGGAGAAGGCAGGGCAUCUCGGUCUGUACGCUAAGCGUCUGUCCAAAGGCAGCCCGUGGCAGGCAGGGUGGGGCAGUGCGAGAGUGGUGGGUCCAGUCCUGCCUGUGGGCCUUGCCCUGACAGAGGCUGGAUUUAAGAAUCCAGCGGGUGAUAGGUUGGAUGGCUGUUGCAUGCUGCAGAGCAAGUGUUUCAUACACAAACUGUACGCCCUUCAAUAGGUUCGUGAUCUGGUACAAACCUAAAACAAAAAACUGCACUUAAUGCUUUUGCAAGCUUAAUAGUGCCUUUUGUAACAUAUUAUUUUAAUUGAAUUCUUGUUCUUUUAGAAGUUUUUUAAAAAAAAGUGGCAUCCACUAACUAUACAGUUUUUCUUCUGGGCUUUCUGUAUGGAACAUAUUUUAAUCUUUCUGUCUUAAGUUUGAUUAUUUGGUGCGAUAGCUCUCCGCUGUGGGAGAGCCAUUCCUAUUUUAGAAAUUAUUUUUUAAAAAAGGCUUAUUUAGCUCUUUCUUUAUAAUUAAGCCUAUUUCCAAUGAGCUGGAUGUUAGAGCGGGCUACUUUACACAAAUUACUGUCAUUCCUUGAGACAGUUAAAAAAAAAAAAACAAAAACAACCACCCAAACAUAACCUGCUAUUAUUACCAAGUACAUUAACUGACUUUUUCAUCAGGUUUUGGGGUUGUUUUUUUUUAAGUAAGUCUGGUUUUUGAUGCAGCAGACUCCAUGGUCUCAAACAAUGUUUUUAGGUCCCAAAUUCCUGCAGUUUUGCUUCAAAGGGUUUGAGGGGUUUUUUUUUGUUUGGUUUUGGGGUUGUUUUUUUUUUUUUUCUUUUUAGUUUAGUUCGGGUUUUUUUAAUAAUUUAAUGUAAAUUAUGUCUUUGUCAUUCUGGAGAAAUGAUUCAGAUGAUGAGUAAUGGCCUAAGCCCAUGUUAAAGCCAAAUUCAUGUGGUAAGUUGCUGCACACACAGCUGCUGUUCUUCACCCUGAUUCUUCUUGAGCUGUCAUAUGGCAACAUUGCCCUUUUGAUAAGAGUUUGUUACAGAGCCGGGAGACUGAUACUAACGCUCUAGUUCUUUUUUGUCCUUUUCACCUUUGUUAUCCUUUGCUUUCCUUUAAUAUUUAAUAUAUAGUACCCAUAUGUACAUGUAGACACACACACACACACCCCCCACCGCACCUCCACCCCACCCACUACCACCACCCAACCCUUGCCUUCCACUUUGUUAAUUUUGUUUUGGUUCAGUCAAGAGAAUAUUUUUUUUAAACUGUGUUAUAUAGUGAGCAUUAGUCAAGUUGUACUGCAUCUUAGGAGGUCAUUUUUCUAACAAUAUAUUUACUUCAGCUAUUAAAAAAAAUAGCAAUUAUUUAUGUAGCGAUUUGAUCAUUCAUGAUUGUGAAGAAAGCUCUUCCACACUGAGCCUGUGGAGACACUUUAAAUCAGAUUGACAUUGUUUGAAUUGUGUUUUCUUGGCCAAAAGUUCACUUUUAAAGGUGCGAAAGAUUAGUUGUUUUUUUUUUUUAAUUAGCAAGUGUCAUGUUAAAACCAGAGUUACCCUGCUUUCUAUUAAAAAAUAAAUGAGUAGCUAA